CAAUCUUCAUUUUGAGCAGAGAUUGUUCAAUUUAGCCCAUUUGGAUUUUAAUAUAAAGGCCUAAUUUCCACCUUUCAAAUGAAAAAUCCCACCCCACCUGCGGUACACCACCCACCCUUCGCUUCAUUGAGCACCUUGCCGAACCCAGAAGAAGACAUAAAACUAGAUAAGCAAUAACGCCGGCAUACAUAACGUUCUUCGCUUUCUCUUAAAGUCUAUAAUCUUCACGGUAAUCUUUGUCUACUCUCUCUCUCUCUCUCUCUCUCUCUCUCUCUAUUUCCAUGUUCACCCUCUAAAACACAAAACCACCUUCACUUUCUGUAUCCAAGAAGCAAAACGAUCGAGUUAAGUCUACACAUAGUUCUGCUUAGGCAUGAAUGUUUGAAUUAUAGGUUCAGGUAUUAUACAACUAAGCUGAGAUUAUGGACUUGAUAGUGCGUACAAAUCAUUCCCAUGAAGGGUUUUGCUCAUUUCAACACUUACAUAGAGAAAAUACAAGAACUAGUAGUGGUUUUGCUGGAGUCAGGGUUAGGGUUAGAAAGUUGAAACGGAGUCGUAUUUUUGCCGUUUCUUUCAAUGGAAAACUUCAAAGUCUUGAUAAGCUACCAAAUGGGCAUUUGGGAAAUGGACAUGUUAGUUUGAGUCCUAUACAUUCUUUGACCAAUUUUGAGGAAAUUGAGAGCAAUAAUAAUCUUUCUAAAUUGGUUAGAAAUGGGGAAUUAGAGGAAGGUUUUAGGUUUCUUGAAAGCAUGGUUUAUCGUGGAGAUAUUCCUGAUAUAAUCCCUUGCACCAGUUUAAUUCGUGGGUUUUGUAAGAUUGGAAAGACUAGGAAGGCAACUCGAAUUAUGGAAAUAAUAGAAGAUUCUGGUGCGGUGCCUGAUGUAAUAACUUAUAAUGUAUUAAUUAGUGGGUAUUGUAAGGCAGGGGAGAUUGAUAAUGCCUUAGGGGUUUUGGACCGAAUGAGUGUCGCGCCUGAUGUUGUUACGUAUAAUACAAUUUUGCGAACUUUGUGUGAUAAUGGGAAAUUGAAGCUAGCAAUGGAAGUUCUUAAUCGGCAAUUGGAAAAGGAGUGUUAUCCAGAUGUGAUCACAUAUACCAUAUUGAUUGAAGCAACUUGUAGAGAAAGUGGGGUUGCGCAGGCCAUGAAGCUCUUAGAUGAGAUGCGAAGCAGGGGAUGCAAACCGGAUGUGGUUACUUAUAAUGUUCUUGUCAAUGGGAUAUGCAAGGAAGGGAGGUUGGAUGAAGCGAUUAAGUUCUUGAACAGCAUGCCAUCGUAUGGAUGCCAACCUAAUGUAAUAACUCAUAAUAUUAUUUUGCGUAGCAUGUGUAGUACUGGAAGGUGGAUGGAUGCAGAAAAGCUGUUGGCUGAUAUGGUUCGUAGGGGUUGUUCUCCUAGUGUUGUUACUUUCAACAUAUUGAUUAAUUUCUUGUGCCGUAAGGGCUUAUUAGGUAGAGCAAUUGAUGUUUUGGAGAAGAUGCCUAAGCAUGGCUGCACUCCGAAUUCUUUAAGUUACAAUCCAUUGCUUCAUGGGUUUUGCAAAGAAAAGAAGAUGGAAAGGGCAAUUGAGUAUUUGGGAAAAAUGACUUCUAGGGGUUGUUAUCCUGAUAUUGUGACCUACAACACUUUGCUAACUGCAUUAUGUAAAGAUGGAAAGGUUGAUGCUGCAGUUGAGUUACUUAAUCAGCUGAGUAGCAAAGGUUGCUCACCUGUUCUGAUAACUUACAAUACUGUGAUUGAUGGGCUUUCCAAGGUGGGGAAGACGGACCAAGCUGCGAUACUUUUGGAUGAGAUGCGGGCAAAGGGUCUCAAACCUGAUAUAAUCACCUACUCUUCACUUGUCGGCGGGCUAAGCAGAGAAGGAAAGGUUGAUGAAGCAAUUAAGUUUUUUCAUGAUUUGGAAGUGUUGGGUGUCAAACCAAAUGCUAUCACCUAUAAUGCUAUCAUGUUGGGACUUUGUAAGGCUCGAAAGACUGACCGCGCAAUUGACUUCUUGGCUUAUAUGGUACAAAGGGGAUGUAAGCCAACUGAAGCUUCAUAUACCAUCCUCAUUGAGGGCCUAGCUUAUGAAGGUUUAGCUAAAGAGGCUUUAGAGUUAUUAAAUGAGCUGUGCUUGAGGGGAGUGGUGAAGAAGAGUUCUGCAGAAAAGGUGGCAGUCAGGAUGUAGCUUGCAGGUAUUUGAUGCUUGAUAAGAAUGAAUGGACAUGGGGCAGACAGAUCAAUAUGGGAGAUUCCAGAUGUGGUACGGCUAUGACUCCCACCUAAUCAGAUAAGGUUAACCUAGGAGAAUGUUUGUUAACAAAACUUGUGAGUUCGUAGGAGUGAUAGAAGAAGACAGGUGGUGCAUAAAAGGAUGAGGUGUACGUGAACAGCAGAGUUGCAAGCGACAUGAUUCACACAGCAAAAGGUUAGCUAUGAAUUGAAAGGAUUAUGUAAACCUGAUUUUUUGUUUUUUUGUUUUAAAUGGUUCUAAUAACGCACUUGCAUGGAAAUUCUGUGCAAAAUUGCUUCCUGCUUCUACAGAUAGAAUUCCACGUUUGAAAAACGCCAAAUGAGAGUAACUACUCUUCCACGUAUUUUGUUAUCUGUAUUCCUUUUAUGUAACAAGGCUGGGCCUUAUUGGGCACAAAUUACUGACUGACUAAUUACAAUGUUGUCUUUUUUUCUUUUU